AUAAACUAACUGAAGACGUUUUCCUGUUUAUCUCGUGCUACUAUAAAAUACAAUAAAAAAAGAAUAGCAGGCCUGUUCUUAUUGCAGUGGAUCAGUGUUGCACACGAGGCUGCGGGGAACCUGCCUCGCAUUUGGAAAAAGCGGUAUUCUUAUAAAGGAGACAAUGAAGAAAAUAUCUGGGACCUACGGAAGACCUGAGUAACUGAACAAGGUGGAUAGGGUGGCGAGAUCCAUGACUGCAGUGAUUCAGUUUGGGGCAGACAUAAGAGAAAUAAUGAGGUUAAACAAGAGCCGUUAGACGGACACCAACAUGGGAUGAUAUUCAGCCACAGGAUAAACAGCGAAAAGUGUCCUGUAGAAACUAACGGUCCGCAGGGUGUAAUAGACUGAUACAUAUAUAUAUAUAUAUAUAUUUACGGGUGGAGUUGAAUGAUACGGUCUAUGCAGAAGAAAGAAGCCGAAUGAAUGUAAACCCGGAUUGCAUAGCGGGGAGAAAGAUCGAGGAUCAUGGCAGGCGAUCAGAAACCAAGGUUGCCGCGGGUGACUGUCCUUCACGAGUACAUUGGACACAGAGUCUUUCUGGUUUCUCCCGGUACGACUGUCAGAGACGUCAAACAGCUCAUUUAUGAGGAGGCAGACGUACCCGUUGCAGAGCAGCUGCUCUUCCAUCACGGGAAAGCGCUGCGUGACGGGGAGCAGAUGGAGGCCCUUCUGCCAGCUGGAAGCCAUGAGAUAUUCAUGACCCUGCAAGGAAGGGGUCUCCGAGGGGGAGGGAGAUUUGGCCAAACGACGCCCCCCUUGGUGGAGUUUCUGAAAGAUAUCCUGCGGCGGUAUCCUGAAGGGGGACAGAUUCUAAAAGAACUCAUCCAGAAUGCAGAAGAUGCCGGAGCUACAGAGGUCAAGUUUAUGUAUGAUGAGACCGAAUAUGGGCGUGAGUCACUUUGGUCCGAAGCCAUGGCACAACAUCAAGGGACAGCUUUGUAUGUAUACAAUAAUGCUGUUUUCACGACUGAGGACUGGAAUGGCAUUCAGGAGAUUGCCAGGAGCAGAAAGAGAGAUGAUCCCCUUAAAGUUGGUAGAUUUGGAAUUGGAUUCAAUUCUGUGUACCAUAUAACAGAUGUCCCUAGUAUUUUCAGUGGCGAUCAAAUCGGCAUGCUGGAUCCACAUCAAACCCUGUUUGGACCCCACGAGUCUGGACAAUGCUGGAACUUAAAAUCAGACCUCAAAGAAAUUACAGAGCUUUCCGACCAGUUCGCACCCUACAUUGGGUUAUUUGGGACUUCGAAAAAUACUGUCAAGGAUGGGAGCUUCCCUGGGACGCUCUUCCGCUUUCCACUCCGUGUGAAGCCCUCCCAGCUCAGCAGCAACAUCUACAACAAGGAGAAGGUUCUGGAACUCUUUGAGUCCUUCAAGGCGGAUGCUGACACGGUGCUGCUUUUCCUGAAAAGCGUGCAGGAGGUAUCCCUGCACGUGCGUGAGUCAGACGGCACGGAACGGGUCCUCUUCCGGGUGACCGCCAGCGAGAAUGCCGACCUGAAGAUGGAACGGCCCAACUCACUCAAGUCUCUUGCGCUGGGCAUUGACAGCUACAGCAAUGGCGUACCGUGUGACACGGUGACAUGCGCCACCUACCAGGUGAACAUCGAGACACAGGAUGAAACCACAAAGGAGACACAGAGGACCACCUGGCUUGUUUGCAAUGGAGUGGGGGGUCGUGGGAUGUGCUGUGAGCUCGACUCACUAGCCGAUGACCUGAAGUUUAUUCCAACUAUUGGCAUUGCCCUACCGCUGACCCUGAUUGACGUGGAUAAGGGGGCUACGUCAGGAUUCUCGGGGAGGGCCUUUUGUUUCCUCCCGCUGCCGCCUGGAGAGGAGAGCAUGACAGGAUUGCCGGUUCAUAUCAGUGGAUUUUUCGGCCUGACCGACAACCGGCGGAGCAUCAAGUGGAGGGAGGUGGACCAGUGGAGGGACCCUGCGGCGCUGUGGAAUGAGCUCCUCAUUGUCACCGUCAUCCCCAGAGCCUACUUCACGCUUAUCAUGGAAGCCAUUAAGCGUGUUCAGGCUAAGGAAGAUCAGGAGUUCCCCCUUUCAACCAGGGGAACCUACGGGGCCUGGCCAGACCCCGGUAAGAUCCGGCCACGCUGGAGGCCCAUCCUUGAACCUCUCUUCCAGGACCUGCUUCAGCAGCCAGUCAUUUACUCCCUGAGUGACGUCUGGAUGACAGUAGAUGAUGUUGUGUUCUCUGAGCUGGAUGAGGGUGAGAAGAGCACGGAGGUUAUCAUUGGCUACCUCCAGAGCUCAGGGGUUCAGGUGGCCAGAGUUCCAGCAGCUAUGGACAUCGUGUUAACGGGGUAUAUCACUGCACCCAGAGAUGUGAAAAAAGUGACCCCUGCUUUGGUACGCCAAGUGCUGCGGAAGGCCAAGCACAAGGGGUCCUCCCAGGAGAAACUCGUCCUUCUGGAAUUUGUCCUCAGCGAUGCCUGUUACAAUGAUCUUAUUGGCCUGGAACUGCUUCCUCUGCAGAAUGACACGUUUAUCGCCUUUUCCUCAUCGGUGAAUGACAAGGACGCAGUGUAUAUAACAAGCGAGGACUUUCCCAGGUCCCUGUACCCUGGACUUGAGGGACGGUUUGUACUUGAAAGCAUAAAACCAUCUGUGUUGACGAGCCUAAAGGAUGCUUCCAAAAGCAGAGUGCAGCGGUUGUUCUGGGGCUAUUCGGGAAGACCAUGUACCCAGGUGCAAGAACUUACACCAGAGCGAUCUGCUCGUCUUAUCAAGGAGAUUCUCAUGACUGUAUGGCCCUCUAGAGAUUUUAGUGUUGAGUGGAACCCGGGGAAUCGAGAGAAGAAACAUCCUGUCCUUCCCUGGUUAAAGAUGGUGUGGAAACAUCUUUACAUCAACUUUCCCGACGACCUUAGUAUUUUGGAAGAGAUGCCUUUGAUUCCGAUUGUACCACUGGAGGACAACAUGGUCUCUGUAGAGCUCCUACGCCUCAAAACUCCUUCCCCUAUCAUUCUUGUAGAUGAGGAAGAGGCUCCGAUUUCAGAGAGCCUGCAAGAGAUCAUGAAAAAGCUGGGUGGAGUCGUUAUGAAAAAGGUUGAUCCGUGUUUGCAACACCCCCUUCUAAAAAACUAUAUCCACCAGUCAUGUCCCAGCUUGUUACUCCAAAUAAUGGAUAGAUCCUCAACACAGAAGUUGGCCAGCCAAGUUUCAUCUUUCACUGACAAGCAGAAGGUUGCACUAAGAAGCUUCUUAGCUGGCUUAUCAGAUGUUACAGAGAAAGAAAAACGUAUUCUUCAGGACCUUGCAAUCUUUGAAAAAAUAGGGCCCUGUACUGCGAAAGGCACACCAAUGUUCAUAGCAUUAAGGGGAGCCAAAGCUUUGCAUCACAAGGCCAAAGUUCCAUCAGAUGUCCAGUUGUCCUUCAGUGUGAUUGACAGUAGUGAUGAGGCCACCAUCCGUCUGAUAAAAAUGCUGAAUAUUGAGCAGCUGAAAAGUGCAGAGUGUUCAAAGGUGAUUGUUCAAGACAUUGAGAAGGGGUUUUACUCCAAAGAAGAAGUUGCCCAAAUUAUGCUCUGGGUGCUCAAGCAUUUGUUGUUUUUGAAAAAUGAGGAUCCUUCGGUAAUUCAUUGCCUUUCCUCUCUGAAGUUCAUUUAUGCUAAUGAAGAACAGCCUGUUUCAGCCACAGACCUCUUUGAUCCAGAGCUUGAAAUUUUACAGGACCUUUUUUACAUGGAAGAGAAGACUAGGUUUCCUCCAAGUACAUAUACUUCAUCCCCUGAUAUCCUCCAUUCUCUUAGACAAUUGGGACUUAAAAAUGAAGUUCAGCUCACUGAAAAAGACGUGAUCCAAAUAGCACAUAGAAUUGAAGUUUUAUGUAGCAGUAAAGAGCCAGACUGGGAGCCCUUAAUGAAGAAAUCUAAAACAUUGCUAACAAUUCUAAACAAGCAGACCAAGUUAGUAAAGUCUUCAGAAGCUCAGACUUUACUUCAGAAGCUAAAAUGGGUGGCAGUCUGUAAAGAUCGACCCUUAAAUUACCCAAAAUCAUUGGCUUGGAUGGGAGAUUCCUACAACAUUUGUUCAUUUUUGGAGAUGUGUGAUAUAUCUUAUGCUGUUUUGGUAGGUUCCUCAGUUGCUCUUGUGGAGCGUACAUCUGCAGGAAUGAAGAAGGCUCUAAAGUUAUCAACAGACCCUCAGGUAGAUCAAGUUCUGCAACAUUUAAAAGCAGUAAAUGACUGGCACAGGUCUCAAGCAUUUACUACAGAAGACUGGUAUCAGUUUCAGCAGAUACUUUUUGAAAUUUAUGAUUUCAUGCAAGCACAUCUUGAAGAGGCCAGAGAGGCAAUGAAAUCACUGCCAUUUGAUUGGGUCUGGACUGGAAAAACAUUCUCUUCCCCCAGUCAGACAGUCUUAAGACCCAUUCCUGAACUAGAUUUGCAGCCUUACUUGUACUCCUUACCAAAAACUAUGACAAAGUUUCAAGGACUGUUUCAGUAUUGUGGCUCAGUUGAAGAAGUUGUCCCAAGUCACGUGUUUGAGGUGAUCAACACUAUCAGACAAAGGUCUGAAAAGGAAAUGACAAAAGAUGAAAGUAAACACAAUCUUCUUCUUCUGAUAAACAUACUGCGAUGGCUAUACAGCAGCCAGAUUGCUGUAGAUAUUGACAUGUAUGUGCCCAUACUCAACUACAAAGUCCCAAGCAAACUAGCAAUGAAACCAAUACAUGAAUGCAGCUACUGUGACAUCAAAGUUGAUGACCUAAAUGACUUGCUUGAAGACGUGUCAGAACCUAUCAUUUUAGUGCACGAUGACAUUCCAAUGAAGACUGCUGAAUGGCUGAAAGUACCAUGUUUGAGUACAAGACUGAUAAAUCCAGAAAACCUUGGAUUUGAACAAUCAGGCCAGCGAGAACCUCUUACUGUGAGGAUUAAAAACAUUUUAGAGGAGUACCCAUCAGUCUCUGAUAUCUUCAAAGAGCUACUACAGAACGCAGAUGAUGCUAAUGCCACAGAAUGCAGCUUUCUGAUUGACAUGCGGAAAAAUCUUGACAUAAGAGAGAACCUGCUUGACCCUGGCAUGACUGUGAGCCAUGGGCCUUCAUUGUGGUCAUUCAACAACUCUGUCUUCUCAGAUACUGAUUUUCUAAACAUCACCAGACUAGGAGGGUCAAUGAAGAGAUGUGAGGCUGACAAAGUAGGGAAAUUUGGACUUGGCUUUAACUCAGUCUACCAUGUGACUGACAUCCCCAUAAUCAUGAGCAGGGAGUUCAUGAUCAUGUUUGAUCCUAACAUCAACCACAUUAGCAAACAUAUUAGGGACAAAUCAAACCCUGGAAUCAAGAUCAAUUGGAGUAAACAGCAAAAACGAUUAAGGAAGUUUCCAAAUCAGUUCAAACCAUUCCUCAAUGUUUUCAACUGUCAGCUACCUCUUUCCCAAGAGUCACCAUACAAGUAUAAUGGGACUCUAUUUAGACUUCCCUUUAGAACAGAGCAAGAAGCAUCAGUGAGUGAAAUCAGUAGUGUUUAUUACAACACUACAGAUAUUUAUUCACUCGUUGAUGAGUUCAGUAUUUGCGGACAUCGUCUCAUCCUUUUCACACAACAUGUUGGCUCCAUGGUCCUGAAGUACCUGAAAUAUGAAGAACCCAACCCUGCAAGUGCACAAGAUGUUGUCACUAUCAACAAAAGUGUCUGGUCAUCUAAGGCAUCAUAUGGACCUUUAAGCAUCUUAAAAGCAGCAGCAAAAGUCAUGAAAAAGGUCGCAAGCACUAACAGAGUACCUGCUGACAUCCCUAAAUCUGGCAGCAUCAUAAGGAUUGUGGUUGAAGAGUUCCACAAUGUGUUUCGACGUAUCGUUGAUCUCCAUUCACCACUCUUCAGGGGUCCAGAUGAUGAUCCAUCUUCCUACUUUGAGACCGCUGCCAAAGGUGGUCAAAUCAAAAGGCUUGCAGAUGAAAUGCCUCAAAAAGCAGUUGACCUCACUAAUUGGUUGAUUUGUUCAUGUAUGGAUGUGAGCGAAGCCCUCAAAUUCUCACUGAGUGAAAGUGGAAAACGCCUUGGACUUGUCCCAUGUGGGGGUGUUGCAGUAUUGCUUUCAGAGGGCGAGAAUCGAACAUGGACAGUGAAGACGAAUCCUACCCCAAUUGGAGAGAUCUUUUGCUAUUUACCUCUAAGGAUCAAAACAGGAUUACCUGUGCACAUUAAUGGCUGUUUUGCUGUAACAUCAAAUCGUAAAGAAAUCUGGAAAACGGACACAAAAGGAAACUGGAACUCAGUUUUCAUGCGGCACGUGAUUGUCAAAGCAUACUUAGCAGCUCUCAGCAUGAUGCGUUCCAUGGCAGAAAGUGGAGAACUGGUCAAAUACAAUUACUAUGCAGCAUGGCCUGAUCCAAGCCUUGUUCAUGAUGACUUUGCAUUGAUCAGUCAAGGAGUAUACCAGGAAAUAGCUAAGGGUGGUGAGGGUGACCAUGCAAAGUUGUUCUCGGAUGGCAAAAUCUGGGUUUCAAUUAAGUAUGUAAGGUUUCUGGAUGACUCCCUGCUCUGCAGGCCUGACAUUGGUCCUGCUGCCUUCAAAAUAUUCUUAAAAUACCUCCGGAAGAGUGGUUCCCAGGAUCUCUGUGCAGUUGAUUUGCCAGACUGGGUUAAGGAAGGCUUUGAUGACGCUGGCUGCAAGGGUAAGCUUAUGGAGAAUACCUUGACGGAAAAACAGUUCUUCUCAGAUGUGUUUUUCCCACACAUUCAGGACAUUGAUAAAGCACUCCGUGACCCUCUAAUGCUCUAUGUUCUCAAUGAAAAACUGGAUGAAUUUUCAAGCAUCCUAAAAGAAACUCCAUGCAUUCCAUGCUCUGGUCAGUCUCAGCAGCUUGUUCUCCCUUCCCGACUUAUACAUCCAGAUGGGAGAGUAGCUAAGCUGUACAAUAAUGAUGAUGGGAGAUUCCCAGAGGGAACAUCAAAAGACUACUUAAACCCAGUAUGUUUAGUCAAAUUGGUGCAGCUGGGAAUGGUAAAGGAUGAUCUUUCUUGGGAAGACCUCAUUGAACGUGCUGAAUCAGUGGCAAUCCUGAAUGAAAGUGACCACUCAGCGGCAUGUCUGCGAAGCAGUAUAUUGUUGAGUCUGGUUGAUGAAAAACUAAAACUUCGAGACACAAAAUCUAGUGAACACUUGGGAAAGCUUCAAAGCAUUCGCUUCCUUCCAUUUUUGACCAAGCCAGCUGGUUUUUCACUUCCGUGGUAUGGAAACAAUUUUCUGCCUUCAGCUAUGUUUGCUGCCACUGAUCUGUACACUACUGACCACCAGGACACUGUCUGCUUGAUGAAACCAAUCCUCAAUGAGAACUCACCAUCUUUCAAAGGAUGUGGCCCAAUCACAUUAGCUGUAAAAGACUUUCUGGGACUGAUAAAAAAGCCAACAGUUGAACUUGUAAUCAGCCAGCUAAAGGAGCUCUCUAAAUCAUUUGAUGGUGUGACAUUGUAUCAAGAAAACAUAACCAAUGCAUGCUAUAAGUAUCUACAUGAAGAGAUGUUGCAAAAUGAUGCUGGGAAGAAACAAAUUGUAAAACAGCUCGGAACGUUCAACUCCAUCCUUGUGGAAAACACAUAUGUUGAGCCAUCAAAAGUGGCUUUCCACCUGAAUUUUGACUCGGCCCCUCAUUUAUACCAGCUUCCGAAUAAGUACCGAAAUAGCUGCCGUGAGCUUUUUGAGAAUGUAGGGGUUCUGUCAAACUUUACCAUUGAGAAUUUUGCAGCAGUUCUCGAAAUUGUGAAAAAGGAAUGUGGAAGGAAGCCACUGUCAGAGGACAAUUUUCAGCUGUGUCGUAGAAUAAUCAGUGAAGGCAUAUGGAGUUUGAUAAGAGACAAAAAUCAAGAAUACUGUCAAAGCACCUAUGGAGAAAUACUCUUGCCAGAUACCAGUUUAACACUGCAGCCAUCAAAGUCUCUGUGUUACAAUGACUGUCCUUGGAUUAAGGUCAGAGACUCAACAGUGAAAUAUUGCCAUGCUGACAUUCCCAGAGAGGUGGCAGUGAAAUUAGGAGCUGUGCCAAAACGACACAAGGCCUUGGAGAGGUACGCGUCAAACAUAUGCUUCACAACCCUGGGAAGCGAGUUUGGGCAGAAAGAGAAGCUUACGAGCAGGAUUAAAAGUAUCCUCAACGCUUACCCAUCAGAAAAGGAAAUGCUGAAAGAGCUUCUUCAAAAUGCAGAUGAUGCUAAAGCUACAGAAAUUUAUUUCGUGUUUGAUCCAAGGAGCCAUUCCACAGACAGAAUCUUUGAUGACCGAUGGAUUCCCAUGCAGGGACCUUCCCUUUGCGUCUACAAUAAUCAGCCGUUCACCGAAGAUGAUGUGCGAGGAAUACAGAACCUUGGCCGAGGGACAAAGGAAGCCAAUCCAGGAAAAACUGGACAGUAUGGAAUAGGAUUCAACUCGGUUUAUCACAUUACCGACUGCCCCUCUUUCAUUUCAAAUAAUGACAUUCUUUGCAUAUUUGACCCCCAUGCUCGUUACGCUCCAGGUGCAACUUCUGUUAGUCCUGGAAGGAUGUUUAGAGACUUGGACUCUGAUUUUAGGACUCAGUUUUCUGAUGUUUUAAGUUUGUACUUGGGAGCUCACUUCAAGCUGGAACGCUCCACAAUGUUUCGGUUUCCAAUACGCACAACAGACAUGGCCAAGAUCUCGGAGAUCAGCACGGUUCCCGCCUCAGACAGAAUGGUACAAAAUCUGCUUGAUAAGCUGAGAACAGAUGGAGCUGAACUUCUUAUGUUCUUGAAUCACAUGGAGAAAAUUUCCAUCUGUGAAAUAGACAUGAGUACAGGAGACCUAAGAGUUCUGUACUCAGUUACAGCUAAAAUUACUGAUGGAGAUCGUUUAAAGCGAAAGCAGUUUCAUGCAUCUGUUGUAGACAGUGUGCUGAAGAAAAAACAGCUGACUCAAAUCCCUGUCCAGCAGAUAACUUACACAAUGGACAUAGAAGACUCAGAUGGAAAUUUAACAACAUGGCUGGUUUGCAACCGAUCUGGUUUCUCCAAUAUUGAGAAAGUUUCCAAGAGUGUAAUCUCAGCACAUAAGAAUGAGGACAUAACCCUCUUUCCACGUGGUGGGGUAGCUGCGUGUAUCAGCCAUAACUACAAAAAACCACACAGAGCUUUCUGCUUCCUACCUCUUUCAUUAGAAACAGGUCUCCCAUUUCAUGUCAAUGGGCAUUUUGCUUUGGAUUCUGCCAGAAGAAACCUAUGGAGAGAUGACAAUGGUGUUGGCGUCAGAAGUGACUGGAACAACAAUCUAAUGACUACUUUGAUCGCACCUGCAUAUGUGGAACUGCUGAUUCAGCUGAAGAGACGGUUCUUUCCAGGACCAGAUCCCACUAUGACUGUGUUGCAAGGUACACCUAUUCAUGUUGUCAAAGACACUCUCAGGAAGUUUUUGUUCUUCUUUCCUGUCAAUAGGAUUGAAAUUCAACCAGACUGGUAUUGUCUUGUCAAAGCCGUCUACAACUGCAUUCAUGCUGACCUAAAGCGUCUUCUACCUGUUGUAAGGGCCCUGCAUCUUGACAACACAGACAUGCACUCAGCAAUAUACAUCUCCUGGGUUAACACAUCUACUGCAAAUAAGGGCAGAGCAUACUUUGACAACCUUCUUCAAGAUGAACUGCAGCAUUUGAAAAACACAGAAUACAACAUAAGCACAAGAAAAACAAUUGCUGAAAAUGUGUACAGGCUGAAGGCUUUGCUCUUGGAUAUUGGAUUUAACUUAGUCUAUAGCUGCGAUGAGACCAGCAGCUUGUACUUCUGCCUACAGGAUGCAGGGAUUCCAGUGAGCUAUGUGACCCCAGAAGAUGUACGCAACUUCCUUCUGACAUUUUCAUCCCCAGACUCAACCUGCCAGGUGGGAAAGCUGCCCUGUCGGCUUCAACAAUCCAAUUUCAAACUUUUCCACAGCCUCAAACUUCUAGUUGACUAUUGCUUCAAGGAUGUUGAGGAAAAUGAAAUCAGAAUAGAGGGGCUACCCCUGCUGAUAACAAUGGACAACAUGCUGCAGGUUUUUGAAUCGAAACGACCAAAGUUUUUAACAACACACCAUGAGCUCAUUUCUUCCAGAAAAGAGCAGUUCAUGAACACAAUGUACAUGAGAUAUACCAGCGUUCUCAUGAAAUACAAUGUGGCAAAAGUCUUUGACAUCAGCAGUUUUGGGGAAUUGCUGGGAGCCGUCCUGCCUCGUGAGUAUCGAACAAGAACGUCUGUGAAGUGGCGAGACAACUAUGCCAGUGAAUCCUGGCUGAAAAGUGUAUGGCACUUCAUCAGUGAAAAUAUUGGCAUCAGAGAUGAUCAGACAGACAUGAAACCUAAAUUUGAAACUGUUCUGGACAUUUUGAAGGACUGGGCUUUGCUACCUGGGAUCAAAUUUAUGGUGUCCACCAAUAAGCUUGUGGUACCUGAGUAUGAUGUUCUGUUGCCUUUAAGUUUGAUCCAUGUAGCAAUAUUUCCAAAUGCCCAGAAUGACAAAGUCUUUCACACUCUCAUGAAAGGAGGAUGUAUUCAGCUGGCAGUGAACAAAAUCUGCUCCAAGGAGAAUCCUGUGGUGCCACUUUUGGCACAACAUACAGCAAACAUAGAAAAUCCCUCUAGCAUCCUGAAAGCUUUGGAGUACAUGAUUCAGACAUCUGCCUUCAAAACAAGUGGCUUGACUGACAAAGACUUUGAAGCACUUCUUUUGUACUUCAACUGCAAUUUAAUAAACUUGUCACCAGAGGAUGUACAGAGUCUGAAAUUGCUCCCAUGUUACAAAUCAGUUAGUGGUAGAUUCAUCAGUGUCUCCAACUUUGGGGCCUGCUAUGUCCUCACAAAAAGCAUCCCAUCCGCAGAUAUGGAAAAAUGGGCACACACAACAUCCUCUGCUUUUCUGGUUGAUAACCCACAAUUGAGGGAACUCCAUAGUUUCCUUGGGUGUAUACCCAUUGAUGAUUUAGAAGUCUACUUGAAGCAUCUCCUGCCAAAGUUUGACAGCUUGUCCCAUGAUGCAAAAAUUGAGCAUCUGAUAUACCUGAAAGAAAGACUUCUGAGCAUGGAGGAGCCUUGUGGGAUUAAAGACCAGUUGUAUGAAAAACUGGAAAGUCUGUCAUUCAUAUAUGACUCAACAAACAGACUGAAAUCAGCAAAAGCAUUCUAUGAUCAAACUGUGAAGGUUUUUGAGGUAAUGCUUCCUGCAAAAUCCUUUAUACCCACUGAUUUCUUCAAGAAAAUUGAACAAGCAUCAAAGCCAAAGAAUGGGACAUCAUUUCUUCCCUCGUGGAUCACAUUUCUUAGGAACAUUGGAUUGAAGUAUGUUGUUUCCCAACAGCAGGUACUGCAGUUUGCAAAAGAGAUCAGCAUCAAGGCUCAGACUGAGAACUGGAAUAAAGAAAAAACACAAACCAUGGUUGAUGUUCUCCUCGUUCACAUUUUCAAUGAAAGAACUGAUCUUUUUGGGGGCACCUUUCUCAAAGAAUUGUCGAUGAUACCAUUUUUGUGCCCAGAACGUGCUCCUGCUGAACUUGUUAAGCUUCAUGCUCAACACCAAGAGAUGAGUGGCACUCUCCCUCUAAUUCGCUUCAAUGGGUCUCAGGUAAACCCGAAGUUCAAGCAAACUGAUAUAAUCCAACUGCUCUGGACAUCUUGCCCCAUUCUUCCAGAAAAAGCCACUCCAGCUAGCAUAAAAGACCAAGAAGGCAGUACGCAUGUGGGCCAAGAGCAACUUGAUCUAGUUUUGACUAUGUUAAAUGUCAACUUGGAUCCACCAUUGGAUAAAGUGAUAAGCAACUGCAAGAAUAUCUGUAAUAUAUCAAACCUAGAUGAUGACGUGGUGAAAACAAGAAACAAAGUCCUCAGAUGCACUUAUGAGUUUUUAAAUGCAGAUAAGAGGGAGUUUAGAUUUCAGCUACGAGGCGUAUCUUUUGUCAUGGUUGAGGAGGGAUGGAAACUUCUAAAACCAGAGGAAGUCGUUAUAAAUCUAGACCAUGAAUCAGAUUUCAAGCCCUACCUGUACAAACUUCCUUUAGAACUUGGCACGUUUCAUCAGCUGUUUAAACUUCUGGGGACUGAAGACAUCGUAUCAACAAAACAAUAUUUGGAAGUCCUUUACCGCAUUUACAGAAAUUCAGAAGGUAAGCAGCUCGACCCAAAUGAAAUGAGGACAGUGAAGAGAGCUGUUUCAGGACUAUUUAAAAGUCUUCAAAACGAUCCAGUGCAGGUUCGCAAAGACUUGGAAAGCCUCAGAGAUUUGACUUUUUAUCUGCCUAGCCAUGAUGGCAGACUAGCGAAAUCAACUGUUUUAGUUUUUGAUGAUGCCCCGCACUAUAAAAGCAGAAUCCAGGGUAAUGUUGGGGUACAAAUGCUUGUAGACAUGAGUCAGUGUUACCUUGGUAAAGACCAUGCUUUCCAUACCAAACUAAUUAUGUUGCUACCCCAGAAGCUUCGACCCAGACUUCUGAGUAGCAUUUUAGAGGAACAGCUGGAUGAAGAGUGUCCAAAAAUGUGCCAGUUUGGAGCUCUUUGUUCUCUUCAGGGUCGUCUGCAGUUGCUUCUGUCCUCAGAACAGUUUAUCACAGGGCUAAUUCGCAUAAUGAAGCAUGAAAAUGACAAUGCAUUCCUAGUGAAUGAGGAAAAAGCCAUUCGCUUAUGCAAGGCUCUUUGUGAGGGUUUAAAAGUUUCUUGCUUUGAAAAAUUGCAGACAACACUGCGUGUGAAAGGUAGCAGCCCUAUUCCAAACAGCAAAAGUGAAACUUUGGCCUUUCUAAAAAGAUAUGGCACAGCAGUGAUCCAUCUCUACAUUCAGCACUCUGACAGCAAAGACAUCAACUUCCUGUUAGCACUGGCUAUGACACUUAAAUCUGCAACCGACAAUUUAAUAUCUGACACCUCAUAUCUCAUUGCUAUGCUGGGGUGCAAUGACAUCUAUCGCAUCACAGAGAAGCUGGACAACCUGGGUGUCAAGUAUGACUCCACUGAACCCUCAAAACUUGAGCUUCCUCUUCCAGGAACACCUAUACCUGCAGAAAUACACCAUAUUCUACUCAUGGAUCCCAUGAAUGUGUUUUACCCCGGAGAGUAUGUGGGAUACCUUGUUGAUUCUGAGGGAGGAGACAUGUAUGGCUCCUACCAACCAACCUAUACCUAUGCCAUCAUAGUUCAAGAGGUGGAAAGAGAAGAGGAAGAUAACUCAAGUUUCCUGGGGAAAUGCUUCCAGAUUGAUAUUGGAUACAGUGAAUACAAAAUUGUGAGUUCCCUUGAUUUGUAUAAAUUCUCCAGACAAGAUGAAAGCACUCACAUCCGAGACAGUGCCCCAUCCACACCUACAAGCCCCUCAGAAUGUCCUCCUUCCAGUCCACGAUUAGGACCUCAUCUUUUUCCUGGAAAGGAUAAUCAUAGAGCUCUACCUUCGAAGCAAUGCCCCAAAAAUUUAAGAGUGAGUGCAUUACCAGAAAUACUGAAAGAAGUGACCUUAGUGAUAGAGCAAGCUUGGAAACUGCCAGAAUCUGAACGAAAGAAGAUUAUAAGGAGACUCUACCUGAAGUGGCAUCCAGACAAAAAUGCAGAUAAUCUGGAAAUAGCUACUGAAGUCUUUAAGCACUUGCAGAAUGAGAUUAGCAGAAUGGAGAAGCAGUCCCUGGCAGAACAGACUGCAGACCGAGCAUCCAGGAGGCCUUUCUCGACGUCUUCCACUCGCUUCCAGUCUGAAAAGUUUUCAUUCCAAAGGUUCUACACGUCGUGGAACCAGGAAGCUACAAGCCAUAAAUCUGAGAGGCAGCAGUUCCGGGAGCAGUACCCAACCUUUGCGGGCUCAUCGCAUUCUAACCGUUAUUUUGUGCCGCCAUCCUUCAAAUCCGUGGGGAACCCUGUGGAGGCGCGGAGGUGGCUAAGGCAAGCAAGGGCCAACUUCUCUGCAGCAAGGAACGACCUCCACAAAAACGCCAACGAGUGGGUGUGCUUCAAGUGCUACCUGGCGACUAAGUUAGCUUUGAUAGCAGCGGACUACGCCGUCCGAGGGAAGUCCGACAAGGACGUGAAACCCACGGCCCUGGCGCAGAAGGUGGAGGAGUACAGCUCGCAGCUUGCAGGGCUCGCUAAGGAUGUGCAGAUUCUGGAGGGUUACGGUGUGGACAGUUUGAGAACUCGCUAUCCCGACCUCCUGCCUUUCCCCCAGAUCCCCAAUGACAGAUACACAUCCGAGGUGGCUAUGAGAGUGAUGGAAUGCACAGCACGUAUCAUCAUAAAACUCGAGACUUUUGUGCAACAAAAAAUAUAACUCAUUUUCCUGUAAAUGUAACUGUCCAAUUAAAUACGACCGUGUGCAUAGAUUCCCUAGCCAAUAGAAACCUAGCGGCUGUGUGCAAUGUUGAUAAAUAUAUCGUCGUGUCAAGGCAAAAACAUGUAUACAGCUGGCAGCUUAGAUAUGCAGUAUUGAUAUUGGUACAGUAUUUAAGUAUAUGGCUGCUUCAUGUGAAACGAAGCUGUCUGAACCUGACAAUGAGUUACUGAGACUUUACCUUUUAAAAAUCACAGUUAAUCUUCUAGUUAGAUCGCUGUACAUACGAGAAGCCCAGCAAUACUUUUUUUAAACCAAAGUCCCAUGAUAUAUUUUUUCCUCUUGAAUAUAAAUAUAAAUAUGCUGCUUUUUUUACUUUCAAAUUUUAUAAAAAUGCAUUUUCCUGUCAUAAAACAUCGGUCGUCUGUAGAUUUCUUACCAUCAAAAGGCAGGAAUUGUAUUGGCAGGACAUGAAUACAAACCAACUGAAUAAAUAUGUUGUUUUUUUAUAUAUAGGUUGGUUUCUGUUGUUUUACUUGUUUUGGUUCUAAGGGUCUUGAUAUGUUGUAAUGUCUGUGUACCAUAUUUUAUCACUUGUAAAUGAAUCAGAUAAAGCACUUUCUCAAAACACUUUUUUUGCACUUGCACUCCUGUGUCUCAAGUCUGGGAGAAUUUGCGUAUGAAACACAGUUAUGAAUGUCACAAGGUUACUCAUAUACUGUUUAUUUUUAAUUUUCAUUGUUCAUUUGUUACAAGUUUGUUGACCUUCUGGCAUCCAGCUUACUUGUUUCUUUGUCGCCCGGGAAAUGUAUUUCUUCAGUGUCGUCUCUACUGGAGCACAAUCGCAUAAUACUAAAUAAUAUACUGUAACUUUAUACCAUAGUCUCGCAUACGUCUCUGUGAGAACGAGCGAUCUUUGAGUGCUCACAUUGGGAUAUUAUGCUAAAACCAGAUGACCAAAUUAAGUGGGAAAUAGAUUGUUUAUGCAAAAUGUUAGCAGGUUUGUGUAGUUUGGGGUAGAUCUAUCUUGGCCUGUGAAACAAACUGGAAUACAGUAUUUCAUCUUUUCUACAAUGCAGCAUCCUAUGCUGUGUUUAAGCUGAUUCUUAAGUUCUGCUGCAAUCUUCGUCAUUAUAAUCAAACAUGCAGGUUAUCUGACAUACACAUAUGGUGCUCAUUUUGAACCGACUGUCCUUAUUGUUGUAUUUUAAUUUAGUACAUUUUCAAUGAAUGUUUAUUGGGACUACAAUAUUAAACACUGGCAAUGAAGUGGGCUGUUA